AUGGAAAGAAUAAAGGAGAAUGAAAAACAUCUGAAUACUGCGGACGAGAAGAGAAAGAUAUUCGGGAAAGACACAUCCUGUAAAGAAGAAGACGAAUCGUUUGCAAAAACUAUGACCGGACCGCAAAGUUCGCAAUCGAUGACAGAGAAACUACUCGGAGUACAGUGGUGCACAGAAGAAGAUUGUUUUGUUUUCGACUGCAAGCAAUUUCUUGACGAGGAGCACAAACAACACCCAACAAAGAAAGAUGUUGUUCGAGUGACGUCGAAAAUUUAUGAUCCUAUGGGAAUUAUUACGCCACUGACUGUAAAACUGAAACUGUUUUGUCAGAGCUUAUUUAAGAAAGACAUUGGGUGCGAUGAACCGUUAGAUGAAGAGUCAUCCAAUAGUUGGAAAUUGUUACAACAGGAAUUAAGAGAAGCGACGCCAAUUAAAAUACCACGGUGUUAUUUCAACAGAGUUAUAUCUGAAGAUAUCACCGCUAGUUUGGAAGGAUUCUGUGAUUCAUCAGUGAAGACGUAUGCGGCGGUUGUGUAUUUAAGGCUUAGAAACAAGAGAUGGCGUCCAAUUGAACAUCGUAGCUUCAAAAACUAGAGUAGCGCCUUUGACGAAGUAAUCUAUACCGAGACUUGAACUGCUUUCAGCACUAUUAUUGGCAAGAUUAAUAACGCAUGUAAAGGAAGCAUUGAAAGGAUAUAUCGAUAUUUCAUCCAUACGUUGUUGGUCGGAUUCGGAAGUUGCGCUCUACUGGAUAUGUGGCGAAACUCGUGAGUGGAAACAGUUUGUACAAAAUAGAGUCCUAGAAAUAAGAAGUCUUGUUCCACCAGAACUGUGGAAUCACUGUGCUAGCAAAAAUAACCCGGCUGACAUUCCGUCGCGAGGAACAUCCCCAGUAGAACUAUCAAACAGUAUGUGGUUUAGCGGACCAGAAUGGCUGAAGAUCUACGCCGAUCCGAGUGAACAAACAAGUAUGAAUGAGAGUGAACCUCCAGAGAAAGUGAUCAAGCAAAUGAAAUUAAAGAAGUCAAAGAAACCUUCAGAAACGUCAUCUUUAACACGACCUGUGAAGUAG